UAACGUGUGUACUAUACUCAUCGAUCCACAUCUGAUGAACAACCGUUUACUGGAACACAGUCUCCUGUUAUGGAUACCGUUCCGGGUAAACAUUACGUAACUAGCAGGUAUACGCAGGCGCAGGCGCUCUGAACAACCGACUCACCUACAUAUGUAUGUGAAUCACACAUCGCGGACUAUCUUGUGAACAUUUCCGAACGGAGAUGAACUGCGUAUGGCCUCAGAUCUUUGUGAAGGACGAUGUACUGCCACCUCCGUGGACAGUGAGGGUGUGACCCAAGAAGACGCAUGUGCGAACUGUGAAAGGGUGUCUAAGGAAUACUGCAAAAGAUCGUCCGAUGCAAAUAUAUUCUUAAUACAUACAAAUCGUUCAGUGGUGAAACACAAGGCAAAGAAUAGUCCGACUAAAAGUAAGGUGCUCGAUCUGAUAAAGACACGCGCAGCUGCUCUGAGAAACAGUAAAGGGGGGUCUAUUCUUGUUCACCUUGAAGGUCAAGACAGAAGUGACAGAUGCUUAGAAUAUUUUGAUGAAUUUAUUAGCAAAGGAUUAACGGCGCUGAUCGAAGAUGGCUCAUUGUUCGUGAACGUGUUUACGAGGGAAUGGCUAAGCGCUUCUAAAGUUUACAAAGACCAUGCUGACUUUGUGCUCCUGAGAGUAGGUAAAACUGAAUCCAUAUCGACAGUGGACUUUAACACGAAAGUUCGGAAUGACAUUGAAAACGAACAUCCAUCAACAGUGAACAUCGUUUCUCUUUUGUCAAAUAAAGACGGCGAAAGGUAUUCUAAAGCAAAGUUAUUGGAACUGCCUGGUGAUACAGAAACAUUUCACGAGUCAAGACAUGUGGAACAUAAAGCAUUUAAACCUCAACAAAAAAAGAUUUUACAACUAGAACGUGAUGAAGACAGCGUCUUUGACUACAUUUGGUCGGGUCUAAAACUAAAGGACAAUAUUACAUCGUUUUCAAAAUAUUUUGGAGGCGGUUCUAUUUUUGUAGGAAUAGCCGAAAGUACCAUAGAAGAGACAGGAUCUAAGGUCUUGACUGGAGUUGGAUUCGACAUCGUUGAUGCUGAAGGAUACCAUCUCAAACAUAUUUCGAAGGACGUUUUUGAAAUCGGUAUAGACAAAGAAACAUUUUAUAAAAAACUGACAGAUAAAAUAACACAAAAUACGUCUCUGCUUUAUGCUAGUGGUCGGUUCACUACAGAAAUACCUCAAGAUUUAGUCAAACUGAAGCUUCACCCAGUUUCACCAACAAACCGAUACAUUCUACAAGUAGCUGUUGGCUAUGUUGAAGGAAUUGUGUUUUAUGACAAGAAAGGACCAAGGACAUAUUUCGUGAAGGACUUGUCAAAUAAGAUGGUAUGUGAAAGGAUGUCGAUGAAAGAUUGGAUUCUGAGGCUGAAAAGACACUGCAUAUUAUGUAAAACAUGAACAAGCACUUCCAGCAAACUUCAAUGUAAAAAGGACAC